AUGGGUCUACUAUCAGCUCUCAGCUCUUUCUUCUCGAGGAUUCCGACAUUUGCUAGCAGGCCUGGAUGGAUUGCUGCUCGCGCCGUCUCUCUACGACUCCAUCAAUUUCCAAGUGAUGAAGAGGAUGGCGACGAAGAAAGCAAUGGCAAACCACGAAGGCGGCGAUGCCAUCCUAUUUUCAAGAUAUUGCUCUUCAUUCUUGCUCUAGCCGGUGCUGCUGCUCUGUUUGUGAGAUUUUUUGAAGUCUCUCGCCUCCCCAACUUCUCUCGGCCGAGCAUAUCGUACCCAUAUUCUGUCAUCCCUAUGUGGUCCACGGACAGAGAAGCAGCAGCUGUUCCCGUGCUGGGAGAAUCAUCAUUCGAUUAUGGAAUGUAUUUCCCACCGCAAGGAAACAACUACUUCCCCCUUGUGGCUCCCUACAACGAGCCUCCUCGCCAUCGACCGAAAACGCCGCUCUUCAUCGCCUUUACAAGGAACAAUGCCAUGUUGCGGCAGACUGUUCUUGGGUACAUUGCCAGCGGGUGGCCGAGAGAAGACAUUGUCAUCGUUGACAACAGUGGCACUGCUGACGCCAAUAAUCUAAAGCUGUUGUCGGACUCGAAUCCCUUUUCCCUCGACUACGACUUGUUUCGUUACCGAUACGGUGUUUCGAUUCUGCAGACGUCUGUCCUUCUCAACUUUGCCCAGUUGCAAAACUUCAUGCUGAGAGUGGCAAUGGCUCGUCACUGGCCAUACUAUUUCUGGAGCCACAUGGACGUUGGUAUCCUGAGCCACGAAGAAGAGACGCCCUACACAUCCUUCUACGAGCGCGUGCUAAACGUCCUCAACGAAGCAGAAUCAUCUAGAUUAUCUGGCAGGAGCAAAUGGGCCGUCAAGUUCUUCAACUUUGACUACCUCACGCUGGUCAAUGUGGACGCAUGGCGGCACAUUGGAGGGUGGGACGUGUUUAUCCCUUACUACACCACUGACUGCGACGCCUACGGACGACUAAGAAUGCUAGGAUACGACAUUGAUCGCGUGGGCGCAGGACACAUAUGGGACGUAGCCAACGUCGUCGAAGAUCCCGAAGUCAAGUUCUUCCCUCCCAGCUCCCGCCCGAGAUCUGACAAGGACGGCGAGGCACCCAACAAUGCCAUUGAAGACGACAAUGCGCCAAACUCGGAACGAUUCAAGGCUCUAAGGCAAGAGCUGCAGAAGAUUCAAGACGACAAAAUGGCCAACUCAAAAGGCCGCAAUACAUGGCAGAAUAUGCAAAAGGGCGGCAAGGGAGAGCCGUGGACAUAUGAUCCCGCCGGCUUCCAGGCUGCUUGGUGGGAGACGGCGGAUAGUGGAAGGAAGAUUUUUGAGCACAAAUGGGGCGGAGGAGGCUGUGAUAUCUUUGAGCAAGACAAGACUAUGGAAGAUAUCUGGAAAGAUGCAGAGGAGUAA